AUGGUUGUUAUUAUUGCUUCGCUAUUUUUGCCAUUCCAGCCGCAGUUUGAGAUCCAUACGUCUGCUGUGGAAACAGCAACGUUGGUCGAAUCUCAGCCGGUGAAAGUUGUUGAUUCUGAAGGGUUGAGUGCGCUAGCUUUAAGCCGCAAACGAAGCAGUUCGUCGCAUUCGAGGUCGCCAUUUGUUGGUCUAGAGAUGAGUGCUGCUCCUGAUGAGGAAAACUCGGGUCAAUUGGGCUCACAGGGCCAGAAGGAAGGGUCUGUUCCGGCUGCGCCAGUGCCAAUUCCAAUGCAAUCGACGGAGUUUGCACACCGUCGUUCUGACGAGGUUACCAAACCUGUGGUGGCCCAGCCGCAGAUAUCGUCUGAAUUGUUCAUGGAGAGUCUUACUGGGAACUCGCACGGGAAUUCCCAGGGCCCAGGGCCCCACCAUGGGCCCAUUGGUGGUGGUCCCUCGGUGGAAGAAUUUUUCUCAAGCGGGUCGCCUGAUUCGGCGAUGUCUAUCCAGUCGAGCCCCGUGGUUAGCAGCGUGCACCCUAGCGGGAUGGACUCGACGUCGAACCUGCUCAAGAACGUGAACCGGUCGUUGUUGUACCAGACGGUUUUGAACGAGUCGCACUCGGCUUCUGCGCUCGAAGGUGCGUCCAAGUUUUUCCGGAACAGUCCGGGAAGCACAGUGAUCACGCCGCGGUCGCGGGCGUUGCCCGACGUGAACGCGAGCGUGUCGCCCUUGGGGAAGGGCGGGCUUCAUGGGAAGUCGCAGGCGCAGGCCCAGGCGCCUGCGAUCAAGCACGUUCACGGGAGCAAGCCUCCUUCUUCGAACUUGAAGUACUCGUCGAAAGCGUCGGCAGAAGAGGAGGAGGGAGAGUUCUCCUCCGGUGGAGCCCACGACUCGUCAUCGCUCGAGGAUACGGCCGUUAGUGAGACGGAGGAGGAGCCUGAGCCCGAGUCUACACUUGAAGAAGAAGACGAAGAAGAACUCGACGACUACGAUAUGGACCAGUUGGACUCCUCGGAAAGGUUCCACUACUACGUGCCAAAGUUCGGUGGGUACUCGAACAACGCCAAGCUCAGAAACGCAUUGCUGAAGGGCUCAGAUAACAUCUUCGGCACCGCGCCAUGGUCCAUCGUUCCGUCCCCCAAGGGCAACGGUGGGCUCAAGAACGCUGUUUCCACCGCACUGCUCGAGAAGACCGUGGUAGAGCCAGUCACGUGGGUCGGUACCGUGGGGAUCCCCACCGAUUCGAUCCCUAAGUCGACGUUGAAUGCGAUCUGCGAGGAAUUGGGCAAGAACUUCCACUCGAGAGCCGUUGUGACCGAUGACUUGACCUUCAAGGGCGCCUACAAGAACUACUGCAAGCAGAUAUUGUGGCCCACGCUCCAUUACCAAAUCCCAGAUAAUCCAAACUCGAAAGCGUUCGAAGACCAUUCGUGGAAUUACUACCAGCACUUGAACCAGCUCUUCGCCGAUGAGAUCGUCAAGGUGUACCAGGAGGGCGAUAUCGUGUGGGUCAAUGACUACCACUUGAUGCUUGUUCCCGAGAUGGUGAGGGAGAAGUUGCCCAAGGCCAAGAUUGGGUUCUUUUUACACAUCUCCUUCCCCAGUAGUGAGGUGUUCCGUUGUUUCCCACAAAGAGAGAAGAUCUUGAGCGGGAUCCUAGGUGCCAACUCUGUUGGUUUCCAAACGGACGAGUACGCCAGACAUUUCAUGCAGACCGCGACGCGGUUGUUGAUGACCGAUGUGGACGGAAACCAGUUGAGAAUGCAGGGCAGAAUCGUGCAAGUGAACGACAACCCAAUCGGUAUCGAUGUGUUCAACCUGAACCAGCAAAUCGACACGGAACGUGUCGUGCAAUGGAGAAAACUCAUCAGAGAGAGAUGGUCCGACAAGAGCUUGAUCGUGUGCAGGGACCAAUUCGAUCGUAUAAGAGGGUUGAAGAAGAAGAUGCUUGCAUACGAGAGGUUCUUGAAGGAGAACCCAGAGUACAUCGAUAAGGUGAUUAUGAUCCAGAUUUGUCUUGGAGCGGCAAGAGACGUGGAGCUUGAGCGGGAUAUAAUGACGGUGGUGGACCGGAUCAACGCGAUGUCGCAUGACAUUAGUAUUUCUCAACCCGUGGUUCUUUUGCACCAGGACUUGGAGUUCUCGCAGUACUUGGCGCUCAACUGCGAAGCAGAUUUGUUCAUCGUGGGCUCGAUGAGAGAAGGUAUGAACUUGACGUGUCACGAGUUUGUUGUUUGUUCCAAGGAACGCAAUGCGCCCGUGUUGCUUUCGGAAUUCACAGGCAGUGCGCAGAUCUUGAAGCGUGGUGCGUUGCUCAUUAACCCUUGGGAUAUCCGUUCGUUUGCGCUAAGUAUCAAGCAAGGUUUGGAGAUGUGUCCAGAGGAGAAGAGACGUCGUUGGAAGAAGAACUUCAAGAGCGUUGUGAACCACGACUCGGACAACUGGAUCACCCAAUCGCUACACAACAUCAACUCCUCGUGGGAAUUCAACCAGGAAAGGUCCCAGGUGUUCAGUUUAUCGGUGAACGAGAUCUUGUCGUCGUUCAACAAGUCGACGAGACACUUGUUUGUGUUGAAGAUUUCCGAGCCUCCUACGCCAAGGAUGUUGAAGAUUCUUUCAGACUUGAGCACAUCAAGCGUCGUUUACAUCAUGAACUCGAACUCGCGCGGCGUGCUAGAGAGACUUUACUCGCGUGUUCCAAACGUUGGUUUGAUUGCCGAAAACGGUGCGUACGUGAGAUUGAACGGUUCGUGGUUCAACAUUGUUGAGCAAGUGUCAUGGAAAGAGGAUGUGAUCAAGGUGUUUGAGGACAAGGUCGAGAGAUUGCCCGGGUCCUACAUCAAGGCAGGCGAUUCGAUGGUGAAAUUCCACACGGAAAAUGCCGAGGACAGCGACCGUGUGCAAGGUGUUAUUGGUGAAGCCAUGACCCACAUCAACACGUUGUUCUCGGACAAGGGAAUCCAUGCGUACGUUCACAAGAACAUUGUGUUUGUGCAGGAAGUCGGGUUGUCGUUGAAGACUAUGCAAUUUUUGUUGAACUACUACAACUCUGUGGACGAUGUGUCGUGCGCUCCACAGUCGCCAGUGAAGCAAAAGAGUUCUGCCGAGACCUCGCACUCCCCAUUGCUCUCGCCAAUCUCGCCCCGGAACGGUGCAGGGUUUUUCCACGUGGCUCCAAAGCGCGCCAACAGCGAUCCUAUCGAUUUCUUGUGCGUGACAGGGUCCUCUUCUCCCGUGAUCGAGCCAUUGUUCCAGUUCGUGAACGAGUUGUCGAAGAACGACAAGAUCCGCAGCGCGUACUCCGUGGUGCACGGAGACACCUCUUCCACGUACGCCAAGGAGCACGUGAAGGGUUUGAACGAGUUGUUUUCGAUUUUGCAAAGACUGGGGCAAUGA